CAACCUACCGCGACCUCACAAGCCCACCCCCUCCAACACAAAUCAAACGCUAACCAAUUCGCCGUGACCAUCCCUUCGCCGGCGACGCCCGCGAUGUCUAAUGCCGCCGCGGCGUCCCUCCCGCCGCCGCCGCCGGAGGUGGCGCACCUCGUGGAGCAGCUCCAGCGACACCAUCUCGCCCCCGACUCCUCCCUCCUCUCCAACUCCGCCCACUCCGACCUCCUCCAGGCGCGCGAGGAGGUUGCAGCGGAGCGCGCGCUCUACCUCGAGGCCCUGGCCGUGUACGCGGAGGCGGUGGCCAUGGUGGAGGAGUACCAUGCGGCAGGCGGCGCCGGCGCCGGCAAGAAGCUCAACUGCUCCCCACAGGUGUAUGAGUCUUUGGAGCACCGUUUGGCUGUGGCGGAGGCAGCACAGAGGUUGAGGCUCCCACUGCUCUCGCAGGACGGGGAGGUGCAUGAGGAGGAGAUCGAAAAGCUGAGCACUUUAUCAAGGAGCUCAUUUGAUAGUACUGUAACAAGUGCCACACCCAGUUCAAGUUCAAUCUCAACAAGUUACAAUAAUUAUAGCAGCACUGCUAGUGCGGUGACUGUUGGCGCUGUCCAUAGUAGUGGUAGUUUGGAGCCAUCUGAACCUGGGGUUGGUGGUGUUCCUGAUCGUUUUCUUGGAAUCACAUCUGAUUAUCUCUAUCAGGUGCAACAAGAGCAGCCAGCCAUGUCUAUGGACAUGGUCGAUUAUCAGAGAACUUUGGCUAGGGAGAUUGAGGCCCGAUUGGAAGCCAAGUGUGAUGCUUUAGCUGAUCUAUUUGCUAUGGACGAAAGGGGUCAAUUUUCAUCCUCCCUUCCUCUUUAUAUUAUGCAAUAUAUCUUGGAUUCAUCGUCAAUCAGUCAAAUUUCAAGUGCCAGGCUUCCAGAAAGGGUGAAGUUAAUAAUCGAAGAGAUAGAAAAGGAAGAGGCACUUCUACUGGAGGAUCUUUCUUCGAUGGACAGGAAAUUUGCUGAACAUUAUAAUGUCCUGGAGCAAAUUCUUGCUGUGCUUAUACAGUUCGUUAAAGACAAGAAAUUGGAACAUCAGCAUCAAUACGAUGAUAUGAAGAAGACCUGGCUUGUCAAAAGGUGUCGGACAAUGAAUGCUAAACUAAGCUAUCUGGAGCAUCAUCUCCUGCGUGACACCUACACCAAGGAAACAGUACCAGCACUACACAGGAUCAGGAAGUAUCUUGUAGAGGCGACGAAAGAAGCAUCCAAUUCUUAUAAUGAAGCGAUUUCACGAUUACGUGAGUAUCAGGGUGUAGAUCCGCAUUUCGAUGUAAUUGCAAGGCAGUACCACGAGAUUGUAAAGAAACUGGAGGGCAUGCAGUGGACAAUUCACCAGGUGGAAAUGGAUCUGAAACCUCACCAUGAUCACGCAGCCAUCUGAAACCCAUUUUUUCGUGGAGACAAUGUUUGUCCCCGAAAUUCCGUUGAUGUAAGUUUGUUGGUGCUGUCUUGUGAUUGACUUGACGUUUUGUUGCUCCAGACCUAUCAAGGCGGAUAGCAAAUAGCAUCUUAUGUAAAGUUUCACUCGAACACCCAAUGUAUAUGGAGACUGCUUGAACUUUUUGCCCAGAAGAAUUGUGUUUGU